GUCCCCUCUCUGAUUUAUCCAGUCUCCUAAACCUUCGUCUCCAAGGCCCAAGCUCUCUUUCUCUCUUUCCUUCAUCACCAGCAGAGCUCGAUUUCCAUUUUCAUUCUGUCUCUAAAGCAAAACAGAUCCAAAACCGUAACUCUCUGUCUUUCUCUGUAAUGCCUGUUAAGAUCGCCUGAACUCGGUCUCUGAGCACAGUUGACUCGCGCGCUGAACCAACGACUCAAGCGCUUCGAAUUCCAAUGGGAGCAGUGCCUUCAACGCCGCGACCGGGCAGCGCACGCCCACAAGACACGGCCGAGUAUCUAGUCGGUACAUUUGUCGGCGAAAAAUCUUUUCCUCUUGGCUCAGAUUUCUGGCAGAAGCUUCUGGAACACCCUCUCAAUCUCCGUUGGCCCAACGACCGCGUCCAGGAAGCCUGCCAGCGCUUUGCACAAAACAACUACAAAACUAGGCAUCUUGCGAAAGUCUUGAUUCACCUGUCCCAAUGUUUGCAAGAAUGCAUUUCAACUUCUGGUGCUCCAUCCCCAGUUUAUAUGAAGGCCAUUAAUGCAGUGUACAUUUCAUCUGUUUUCUUGAAGUACUUGAUUGAAAAUGCCCAAAGCAACAACAUUGAGGACUUGUGUCUUUCAUUGGAUGAAAGUGAACCUGUACCAGAUGGUUUCAUAAGAGAUAUAAACAUUGAGAAUCUUGUCAUGCACAAUGUGCUUCGCUUUAUUGGUUCCAUAGAUGUAAGUACGAAUACAUACCUCCUACAUCAGGAGUUGCUUAGCUUCCUGCUCAUCGCCAUGGCAACCCAACUUCUGUAUGGCCCAUCCCCAGGACCAACAGAUGUGAAUCUUUUUAUUGAUGCUGCAAUGGCUCAGGAAAGUUCUUUGGUGAGUUUGGUUGUUCGCAGACUUCUACUCAAUUAUAUAAUGCGGCCACACGUUCCAUUGAACAGUACACCUUAUUCUCUAUUUUCUGAAGGGAGUCAGCCAGGGGUUUUGCAAAGAGUUAGUUCUGCAGCUGCUACUUUCGUGUUACUGCCAUUCAACUAUUUGGUCAGUUCAAAUGGUGAAGGGAUGAGAAAUCCAUUGGCCAGCUACAGUCUCCAUGUCUUGCUUAUACUUAAUUAUUAUCAUAAAUGCAUUGUGGGUGAUGAGCCUGUAACAGACAGAAGUGAUGACAGUGCUGCUUCAGAUUCUAUUCCCAAAGCAAAUACAUAUUUCUCUGACAAUCCUUACUGCAAAGCAUUAGAAAGUGCGAGGGAUAUUGAACUUGAUCGUGUAGAUAUUGAGGGGAAUCCACACAAUGGCUCGCUUGUGAGAUUGCCAUUUGCCUCUCUAUUUGAUACUCUUGGCAUGUGCUUGGGUGAUGAAACUGCAGUCCUAUUACUUUACACAUUGGUGCAUGGAAACUCUGAUUUUUUGGAGUAUGUUUUAGUGCGAACUGAUUUGGAUACAUUGCUAAUGCCCAUCCUGGAGACACUAUACAAUGCUUCAAAGAGAACAUCAAAUCAUAUAUACAUCUUGUUGAUUAUUCUUCUUAUACUGAGUCAAGAUUCUUCUUUCAAUGCAAGCAUCCACAAGAUGAUACUGCCUAGUGUUUCAUGGUAUCAAGAGCACCUUCUUCAUCAAACAUCUCUUGGUUCCCUAAUGGUCAUAAUUCUCAUAAGGACUGUGAAAUAUAACCUUUCUAAGUUGAAGGAUCUAUAUCUCCAUACCACUUGUCUAGCGACUUUAGCUAACAUGGCUCCUCAUGUCCACCGUUUGAGUGCAUAUGCAUCACAAAGGCUAGUUAGCCUUUUCUACAUGCUUUCUCGCAAGUACAAUAAACUUGCAGAGAGGAUAGAUGAUAAGAUAGGAAAGAGUGGCUUAGUUGAACAAGGCAGCCUUGCUGAAGAUUUGUCUGCUGAGUUGCAUAUUUACACCGACUUCCUGAGAAUUGUCCUUGAAAUAUUAAAUGCAAUUUUGACUUAUGCUCUGCCACGCAAUCCUGAGGUCGUAUAUGCUAUAAUGCACAGGCAGGAGGUUUUUCAGCCAUUCAAGAGUCAUCCACGCUUCAAUGAACUCAUUGAAAAUAUUUACAUGGUUUUAGAUUUUUUCAAUAGCCGCGUGGAUGCACAUACAGAAGAUGGGGAAUGGUCAGUAGAGAAAGUCCUCCAGCUUGUAAUUAUCAAUUGUCGAUCAUGGCGUGGUGAAGGAAUGAAGAUGUUUACUCAGUUGCAUUUCUCCUAUGAACAAGAGAGUCAUCCAGAGGAGUUCUUCACCCCAUAUAUUUGGCGGCUGGCUUUGACCCGCUGUGGAAUCAGCUUUAAUCCCGGUGCGAUAAAUUUGUUUCCUGUUGACUUGUCAGUAGAAAAACUAAAUGAUUAUGGAGGGGAUGUCGACAAGCGACAAAAUGGGGUGUUGGAUCAGCAUGUGCAGCUGGACGUGUAGCGGGGGGUGCGGUACAAUUUAUUCCGGCAUAGAUAUUUUCAUACUUAUUACUUUUGUAAAUACUAGCUGUAGAAAAAUGUAAUGGCCUCAUUCUUUGCUGUUCAUAUGCUUGGAAAACUGUAGAGGACUCUUUGCCAUACAGAAAGGAUUGACGACAAUGUAAUGAAUAAGAGAGCAUGAGAUUCCAGUUUA